UCCCUGCUAAGAUCCACACAUGUGUCGAAUGUGCUCCUGCGAAUAGACAGAGAUCCUCCCACGUGUUCCCGGCAAGGGGAAUCAGGAGAGCAGCUGAGUGAUCAGAGUGUGAGCGGUGCUGGGAGCAGGUGACUGAUUGUAACCCCUAGAGAUUAUGGCAGCUCAGAUCUCCGAAUCGGAUCAAAUUAAACAGUUUAAAGAAUUUCUUGGAACGUAUAAUAAACUAACAGAAAACUGCUUUCUGGAUUGUGUGAAAGACUUUACAACGCGCGAUGUUAAGGCUGAAGAGAUCACAUGCUCAGAGCACUGUCUACAGAAAUAUCUGAAAAUGACGCAGAGAAUAUCGAUGAGAUUUCAGGAAUACCACAUACAGCAGAACGAGGCUCUGGCAGCCAGAGCAGGACUUAUUGGCCAGCCUCGAUAAUGCUAAUUGGAGGCUGCUCUUUGCCGUUACAUCGGGCUAGCAAACCACGCGCCAUAGUGCCCAGAGAAGCUGGACUGCAGAGCUAGCGAUCAGUGUACUGAUCUACUCCCAGCUGUGCGGAAGACCUCACCAUUUACAUGCCGAAAGAAGAUUGAAGUCGAUGAGACUGGAAACGACAUUAUGGGAAGCAUUAAACGGACUGCAGUCACCACUAUGCAUCAACGUUAAAUAUUAAAACACUUUUCUAAUAAAAGUCAAUUCUUCAUUUUAGCUUUUGGGACAGAUUUGGAAAUUACAUUUGAUUUUAUUCCAGGUUUUGUGCAUCUACAGUUUGUGUGCUAGAGCCAAAUAUUUUCUGAUUUAUAAGCUGUGAAUUGGGUUUAAGAUAUAAAGGACGAUGUAAAAUGGAGUCAUGGGGCAUGUAAUGGAUUCCCUGUUACACCGUCCGUGAUGUAAGCUUGUUUCCAUGAGGUAAUUCCACUAAUCUGUCAUUGUAUCAGGUUUAUGGUUGUUGUUUUCUAUUUCUAUGUGGUCCAGCUAUGUAGUAUCACCUCUUCCCUGGCACCAAUACACAGGGUUUAUGCCUCUAUAACGGAUGACUGCUAGAGGAAUAAAGGACAUUUACGGCCCACUACAAAACAAUAAAAAUCUCUGCACUGCC